AUGAAUUCGCGACUUGCGAAAUCUGGAUGCGCUACCGUCCUAAAAGGCGUUGAACUUCUUAAAGAACCCUUCAGGAAUAAGGGUUUAAAUUUCACCGAAGCUCAACGCCAUGAGGAAAAGGUGAAGGGUUUACUUCCAGCUCUGGUAGAUAAAAAUGGCGCCUUCCUGGAAAAUCUUAGCAUGGAACGUCUUAAGCGCAUUGCCUCCGAUUUUGACAAAUAUGAGUAUCUGAUGCACAUCUUUGACAACAAUCGAGACCUUUUUUUCCGUCUCAUGAACCUCCACACUAUCGACCUGAUGCCCUUGGUUUAUACCCCCACUGUGGGAGCUGCUUGUCAAGAAUAUUCUCUUGUCUACCAACCCGGCAGAGGUUUGUUCAUUCCUAUCACCGAACAUGCAAAUAUUCGUGAAAUUCUGAAAAAUUGGCCAUAUGUUAAGAAAAUCCAGGCUAUUGUGGUGACUGAUGGUGAGCGUAUUCUUGGUUUGGGUGAUUUGGGAUGCUUUGGCAUGGGUAUCCCAGUUGGUAAACUGGCUCUAUAUACUGGUCUUGCUGGUAUUCCUAAUGAUGCUCUUCUUCCUGUCGUCUUGGAUGUUGGUACUAAUAAUGAGAAACUACUCUGUAGUCCCCUGUACUUCGGUCUUAAAAAAAAGCGUAUUACUGGUGAAGACUACGAUAGCUUUAUCGAUGAAUUCGUUCGUGCUUGCGUUGAUGUUUUCGGCAAAGACGUUUUGAUUCAAUUUGAAGACUUUGGCAACCACAAUGCCUUCCGUUUACUCAAAAAGUACCGCGAACAAUACUGCACCUUUAAUGACGACAUUCAGGGAACUGCCUCCGUAAUUCUCUCUGGUCUCCUCACCGCCAGUCGUAUCACAAACCGUCAACUGAAAGACGAAAAUAUUGUAUGUUACGGCGCCGGCGAAUCAAUGAUCGGUUUUGUCAACCUCUUAGUUGAAUGCUUCAAAACACGCUUCGGUUUGAAUGAGGCUGAAGCCAAGAGCCGUAUUUGGAUGGUCGACUCUCGUGGUCUUAUUGUUGAAGGCCGUUCUUCUGGCGGUAUUACUGCCGAGAAGGCUCAUUUCGCUAGACCCAAGGGCUCUGUUAAUGAAAUCAAGGAGCUCAAAGACGUUAUUAUUACUUCCAACGCAACUGUUUUGAUCGGUGCUUCUGCAGUAUCCGGGGCCUUUACCGAAGACAUUCUACAACUUAUGGCAAAGCAAUCUGACCGUCCACUUAUCUUUGCUUUAAGCAAUCCUACUCACAAGUCUGAGUGCACUGCUCAGGCUGCUUACUCCGCUACCAAAGGAAAAUGCAUCUUCGCUAGUGGCAGUCCCUUCGAUCCCGUCGAUGGACAUCGUCCUGGCCAGGCUAACAAUUCUUACAUUUUCCCUGGCCUCAGUCUCGGUAUCAUUGGUGCCAAGAUUCAACCCGUAGCUGAGGAGGACUUCAUAGUCGCUGCUGAGGUAAGUUAUUUAGGUUUAGCGCCCUUCAUUCAAGCGCGGUUAGACUAUCGCCGAUUGAGGGGUCUCAGGUUUAAGUGUUUUAACGGUCCUACACUUUCCAAGAAUGUGGAACAGUCAGAUCUGGACGAAGGAUGCAUAUUUCCCUCGUUGAAAAAGAUUCGAAGCGUCUCUUAUAAAAUUGCUUGUGAGGUGGCCCGCAAGGCCUACACACAGGGUCGUGUCAGACUCACGGAUGAGGAAGGCAACAAAAUUCGCGAGGAGGACUUGGAAGCCGCCAUUCUCAAGAUGGCCAGCUACCCCGAACCACCAAAGUAG